AUGGCACCUCUGCUUAACCUUCCGAGCGUCGUGAGUCAUAGGAGGCUUGCUUGGCAAGGUGCUUGCCGUGCGAAUUCUUGGACUGACUCGCUCACCAUCGCGCGUCUGCUCACCUGCCUGCCUAUCAGUUGCCAAGUCCUGGCCCGUCCCCUCUGCUGCCGCGAUCCUUGCCCGCCUCUCCCGCUCCCGGCGCACCUAUUGAUCAAUUUCUGCCCCGCGAUGUACCGCCGAGGGCGAUCGGCCAGGUCGAUGCAGUGAAAAAGAGGACGCCAAAAGCAGGCGGCAAAGGGCAAAAGCGACGUUGGCAAAAGAGCGCAAAGUCUCGAAAGCUAGCAGCCCGAUUGCAGCAGCUUCCUUCAAGCGCAAGCCUAGAGUCUCGGGCGCAAACGCUCGUUGUUGAGCCCGAAUCUCUUCUCGAGGCAAAGGGCAAUGUCGAGCUCUUGCUAAACGCUCCACCUGCACGAAGACACCCGCUCAAGCUCUCAGAGGGCGGUGAAGCGGUGGACGAAUUUCUCGAAGAUCGCAGUCUAGAGAAUGCGGUAGUCGACGAGCGCAGCGGUUUCAUCAGCGUCGAGCACCACGAGCCGCAGAGUCCGCGCUCCGUGUUUCAGAGCUUCGUCGACGUGCUCGGAACGCGCGCCUUGCGCCUGUAUGAGCGUGGGUACGAUGGUCAGCCUGCCCUGGAUGUGCCAUUGCAAAGCCGCGAGAUAGACGAAGCUAGCAAGAAGCCUAGCCGGGCCCAACGACGAAGGAGAGGCCUUCAACAGAACGACCCGUUCCUACUACAGCCCAGCGUCAGCGAUCCGACCAGUGAGAAGAAAGGCGACCAAUGUAGCAAGCUACACAAAAGAACCCUCGAGGCUCACAAGAUCAAGAUCCGGUCUGCAAGCGGGCACGACGCUGAUCUUCUUGGCCGCAAGCAAGGAGGUGAGCCUGAUGAAGCUGAGCUGUUGAAGCGAUUCGCGUGGGACCAGGGCACCAUAGAUUUGUAUGCAGCAGCCGGGUGCAAGUUGCCUGUGUUCAGUGGUUGUGUCCCGGGGGGUCACUGCGUCUCACAUUGAUACUCCGUAAAGCGUUGUCUACGUGCAAUGGGAAUUUUGCUGAACCAAUGAGCUUCCAGCGCGGUGUCGAGAUCUGACUCGUUUGCAAAGCUUCCUGGAUAGAUCGCAUUGCUCUGAAUAAGGGGUAUCGCAAAGUUGAGUGA